CUCUCUCUCUCUCGCUGGCAUUAUGUAUGCAGCUGCCGCAUUUAAGUUACUUAAAAGCCGCUGUGUGUGCAGUCGGAGAAUAAACAAACGUCUGGUCAGCUAUGUCUUGGGCAUAGAAACCUCCUGCGAUGACACGGGAAUCGCCAUAGUGGACACAGUGGGACGAGUGCAUGGAAAUGUGCUCGAGUCGCAACAAAAGUUUCACACGCGUUAUGGCGGCAUUAUACCACCACGUGCACAAGAUCUGCAUCGGGCCCGCAUUGAUGGCGCUUUUGAGCGUUGUUUAAAGUCGGCUCAACUGCAGCCGGACCAAUUGGAUGCGAUUGCAGUGACCACUCGACCAGGGCUGCCACUAAGCUUGCUGAUUGGCCUGCGCUAUGCACGACACCUGGCAAGAAAACACCGCAAGCCGCUGCUGCCAGUGCAUCAUAUGGAGGCGCAUGCAUUACAGGCACGCAUGGAGUAUCGAGAGGAGCUUCAGUUUCCGUAUCUGUGUCUACUGAUUAGUGGCGGUCACAGCCAGUUGGCCGUAGUGAAUGGACCCGGACAAUUGACGCUGCUCGGCGAAACACUCGAUGAUGCGCCGGGCGAGGCAUUCGAUAAAAUUGCGCGUCGAUUGCGAUUGUACAUACUGCCGGAAUAUCGGGAGAUGAAUGGCGGACAGGCGAUUGAACAUGCCGCACAGUUUUCCACAAAUCCAGACGCAUUUGAAUUCCCGCUGCCGUUAUCGCAGCAACGUAAUUGUAAUUUUAGUUUUGCGGGCAUUAAAAACAAUUCCUUUAGAGCGAUUCGUGCUCGGGAGCGAUUGGAACGUACUCCGCCCGAUGGCAUCAUUAGCAACUAUCCGGAUUUCUGUGGCGGAUUACUGCGCGCUGUCAGUCGACAUCUGAUGCAUCGCACUCAACGCGCGCUCGAAUAUUGCCUGCAGGAGCAAAACAAUCGAUUUGGCAACGCGACGCCCACGCUGGUCAUCUCGGGAGGCGUGGCCAACAAUGAUGUGAUAUUUGAGAAUAUGUGCCAUCUGGCGGCACAGUACAACUGUCGCUGUUUGCGGCCCUCGAAGCGUUAUUGUUCCGAUAAUGGCGUCAUGAUUGCCUGGCACGGCAUUGAGCAGCUCCGACAAAAUCGCGCUGCCAGCCUGCGCCCGUUAGCCGAUAUCGAUAACAUUGACAUUGCCGGCAGCGCCAGCUUCCACGAAUCGGCAGUCAGCCUAGUUCAGGAGGCGUCUAUAAAAUGCAAAUGGAUCCAGCCGCUCUAAAUCCUCAGACCAAUUAGUUAUAAUGAUAUUUAUAUAAUAAACCAAUUGUUAUCCUU